CGACACCAGAUGGUGCCCAACGUGGGGCCUGGGCUAUUUCGUUCAUAAUCCAGUCGCGCUGAAUUGGGGAAUCAUUUUGAACCAAAAGAGAUGGCACAGAGGAGGGCAGUGGAUCAUCUCCGGAAGUACGCUGCUUUUGAGGAUGAUGAUAAGAUUGUAGGAGGUUACACCUGCACCAAGAACUCCGUCCCCUACGUGGUGUCUCUGAACUCCGGCUACCACUUCUGUGGUGGAUCCCUGAUCAACAACCUUUGGGUGAUCUCUGCUGCUCACUGCUACAAGGCGAGCUUUCAGGUCAGACUGGGAGAACACAACAUCGCUACCAGUGAAGGCACCGAGCAGUUUAUCAACUCCGCCAAGGUCAUCAGACAUGGAAGCUACAAUUCCAGAACCCUGGACAAUGACAUCCUGUUGAUCAAGCUGGCCUCUGCCGCCACCCUCAACUCCUACGUCAAGGCUGUUGGUCUGCCCACUGGCUGCGCUUCUGCUGGAACCAGUUGUCUGAUCUCCGGAUGGGGCAACACCCUGAGCAGUGGAACAAGCAUGCCCAACCUCCUGCAGUGCCUGAACGCCCCCAUCCUGACCGCCUCCCAGUGUAGCAACGCCUACCCCGGAGAGAUCACCGGCAACAUGAUCUGUGUUGGAUAUCUGGAAGGAGGCAAGGAUUCCUGCCAGGGUGACUCCGGUGGACCCGUGGUCUGCAAUGGACAGCUCCAGGGUGUUGUCUCCUGGGGAUAUGGCUGUGCCCUCAGGAACUAUCCUGGUGUCUACACCAAGGUCUGCAACUACAACUCCUGGAUCUCCAGCACCGUUGCCGCCAACUAAACAUCUUUUUCCUUGGUUGUUUUUUUAAGUUUAUUCUGCUAUUAUUUUUGUCAUUUACAACUUUAUAGCAGCUAAAAUGUCAAU